AUGGGGUCGCAAUCUCGCACGGCGCCGCUGGUGGGCGGGCGCGUGUUCAAGUUGCGUAUGGAAACAAUGGGGCACAGCUACCCGCGCACUUCGCUUCGCAUCGGCGCACUUGCACGGACAAUGGCACGACAGUGGCAUGCUGGCAGCGCCAGCGAGCACCGCAUCCGAACCAGGCCAAUCACAGUCCAUUGCGGAAGCGCGUCAAGCGACGCUGGGCAUACAAUAGAAGCACGAUCGCAGCAGUCGACAAUCACAAGAGCCGAGCAUCGGCGCUUCAUCCGCGUUGGCGCGAUUGCGCUUCCACCGCACCUCUCGACAAGUCGAGGCGCUUUCUUUGCAAGCGCGCGCAUCGCCGAAAUCGCUUUCCGACUGCCUUGCGGCCGUGCCGCCUCGCCUACCCAGCGUCUCGAAGCGCAGCGCCUUGGAAAGCAGCGUCUGAUUGGCAUCCGACAUGUCGGGCUCGGCCUUCCUGUGCAGCAAGCGAAUCGAUCUUGA